GAUGCGGAGACUGAAAUAGGAAGAGCAUAUCGUUUGAGGCAGAGAUUAACAAAACAUAAGAAGACACUUGUUAUCCUAGAUGAUAUAUGGAUGAAAUUGGAUUUGGAGAAAAUAGGAAUUUCUACUACGGAAUGCAAAGUGGUGCUGACAUCUAGAGAUAAAAAUCUAUUAUCUUGCGAAAUGGGCACCCAGAAGGAUUUUGGGCUUGAAGAAUUACCCGAAAAUGAAGCAUGGAAUUUGUUUGAAAUAAAGGCGGGUGAUUGUGUUAAAGAUCCUCAUUUGAGAUGUACAGCAACUGAGGUAGCUAAGGAGUGUGCAGGUCUGCCUGUUGCACUUGUAACAGUUUCUAAGGCAUUAAAAAACAAGAGAUUAUGUGAAUGGAAGAAUGCCCUGGAGCAGCUAAGAAGACCCGCUCCUGGACACCUCACAAGAAUGCAGUCAAUUAUAUAUUCUUCUAUAGAGCUGAGUUAUAGUCAUCUUGAAAAUGAGGAGGUUCAACAUUUAUUUUUGCUUUGUGCUGAAAUGGAUUACGCCAUUAAUUAUCUGGACUUGUUGAAAUAUUGUUAUGGUUUGGGUUCAUUUCAUGGCAUUACUACUUUAGAAGAAGCCAGAAACAGAUUAUAUAGCCACGUUCGUAAUUUGAAAGACUCUUGUCUGUUGCUAGAUUGUCCCCAUGGUUCUGACCAUUGUCAUAUGCAUGAUGUUGUUCGUGAUGUUGCGACAUUUAUAGCGUCAAGGGAUCAUAAUAUGUUUGUAGUGAGAGAAAAUAGUGGGCUAAAAAAAUGGCCAGAUGUAGAUGCACUCAAAAGAUGCAAGACAUUCUCUAUUCGUGGUGGAGAUAUCCAUGAACUUCCUAACGAAAUGGAAUGUCCAGAUUUAAGAUAUUUUUAUGUGUAUGGUAGGGAUCAAUCCUUGCAAAUCCCAGAGACUUUCUUUAAAGGGAUGGGAAAGGUCCAAGUUUUGGAUUUGACUAAAAUGAAACUUCCAUCACUUCCUUCAUCACUUAGUCUCCUUGGAAACCUGCAAACAUUGUGCCUGGAUCAAUGUGUGUUGGAAGACAUAGCUAUAAUUGGAGAGCUCAGGAAUUUAGUAGUUCUUAGCCUAUUCAGUUCUAACUUGUCACAAUUACCCAGAGAAAUAGGAUUGUUAACUCAUUUACGGUUGCUAGAUCUGAGCAAUUGUUCCAAACUUGAAGUGGUUCCACCUAAUGUGCUAUCAAGCUUGGUUGAAUUAGAAGAGUUGUACAUGGGAAACAGUUUUGUUCAAUGGGAGACCGAAGGACCCAAUUUUGAAAGAAAUAAUGCAAGCCUUGCUGAGCUGAAAGAUUUGUCACAGUUGAUCACUUUAGAGAUACACAUUACAGAUGUCAGAAAUCUGCCUAAAGAUCUUUCAUUUGAAAAGUUAGAAAGAUAUGCAAUAUCUAUAGGAGAUUAUGUCUGGGACUCUUCUAAGAAGCGUGAAGCCUCAAAAACAUUAAAACUCAAGUUAAAUACGACCUUUCAAUCAGAGGUUGAGAUUAAAAUGCUACUGAAGAGAACUGAAGCUCUUUAUCUAGAUGAGUUAAAGGGUGUUAAGAGUCUUCUAAACGAAUUAGAUAGAGGAGGUUUCCAACAACUGAAGCAUCUCCAUAUCCAAAACAAUCAAGAGAUUAAAUAUAUCAUUAACUUAAGGAUUUCGGUUGUUGCCUUUCCUGCCUUGGAGACAUUUUUUCUUGAAAACAUGAUGAGCUUGGAAGAAAUAUGUCAUGGCCAACUUCCAUUUACAUCCUUCCGUAACUUGAGAAUUGUAAAAGUGCAGCAUUGUGAUAAAUUGAAAUUUGUUUUCUCAUCAUCCAUGGCUUGGGGCCUUAAACAACUCGAAGAAUUGGAGGUAAGAGAAUGCAGCAUUAUGGGCGCAAUAGUCAUGAGAGAAGAAGGCAGUAUAGAAGACACAGAUGCAUUCUUGUUCCCUCAACUGCGUCGCUUGGCACUAAAGCAUCUUCCAGAGCUCAUAAGCUUCUUGAGCACACAAAAGCCAUUCAUAACUGAUCCUAGAGAAAUCAUUUCGGAUGGAAAGUUUGAUUUUCACAUGCCAAUUCUACACGAACAGGUUGUGUUCCCCAUCUUGGAAACGCUGGAACUGUCAUCAGUAAACUUGGCAACGAUAGGGAAGAACCAACAUCUGGCAAGGUCCUCUUGCAGAUUAGCAAGCGCGCAAGCAACGUCGAGAUUUGAAAAUUUGUCAUACUUAGAGGUGCAGGGCUCGAGUAACAUAAAAUAUAUACUGUCAUUCUCUACUGCUAGAUUUAUGGUGCAACUCAAACAUCUACAUGUACUGGAAUGUGAGCUUGUGGAAGAGAUACUAUUCACAGAAGAAUUAGUAGUAGAAGAAAUAACUCCAAAGACAGAGGUGCUAUUUUCUCGACUAGAAUGCGUGUAUUUAAAAAAUCUUCCGAGCCUCGAAAGAUUCUGCGUAAGAAGUAACAUCGAAUUUCCAUCCUUAAAGAGCUUGAAGAUGGACUGUUGCCCUAAAUUAAAGACAUUCAUCUUCAAACCUGUCAGGUCAAGCAUGACAGUCAACAAAGAACUCAAGGAAAUGAAUGCAGAGGAGAGGCCUCAUUCUAUUAUGCAAUCUUUCUUCAAUGAAGAGGUUAUGUUCCCCAUCUUGGAUACAUUGAAGUUGUCAUCAGUUAACUUGGCAGAGAUAGAGCAGAACCAAAAUCCGGCAUGUUCCUCUUGUAGAUUAAGAAACAUGCAAGCAACGUCGAGAUUUGAAAAUUUGACAUACUUGGAGGUGGGGGGCUCGGGUAACAUAAAAUAUAUAUUGUCAUUCUCUGCAGCUAGAUUUAUGGUGCAACUCAAACAUCUUCACGUCCUGGAAUGUGAGGAUUUGGAAGAGGUACUAGUCACAGAAGAAUUAGGAGUAGUAGAAGAAAUAACUCAAGAGGCAGAAGUGUUGUUUCCUCAACUAGAGUGCCUGUUUCUAAAAAAACUUCCAAUCCUCAAAAGAUUCUGUGUAGGACAAAACAUCGAAUUUCCAUACUUAAAGAAAUUGCGGAUAGAAGAUUGCCCUAAAUUAGAGACAUUCAUAUCCAAACCUCUCAGUUCAGGCAUGAUGAUCAGCAAAGAACUCAAGGAAAUGAAUUCAGAGGAAAGUCUUCAUUCUGUUAUGCAUCCUCUCUUCAAUGAAGAGGUUGCCUUUCACAGUUUGGAACGAUUGGUAAUCUCCCACGUGGAUUGCUUGAAAAUCAUAUGGAAGAACCAAUUCACAAUAGAUUCCUUUUGCAAGCUUCGAUUUAUAAAAGUUGAAUUUUGUGAAAAUCUCUUGAACAUCUUUCACUCUAAUAUGCUGACAAGAUUCCAGAGUCUUGAGACACUUGUCGUAGCUAAUUGUGGGGUGGAAGAAAUUGUUGCUAGGGAAAAAGGAGCGGAAGCGAUAGCUAGGUUUGUGUUCCCUCAAAUAACUCAUCUACGUCUUGAACACCUACCAAGACUCAAGUGGUUUUACCCUGAAAAGCAUGCUUCAGAAUGGCCAUUGCUAAAAACAUUAACGGUGGAAGGAUGCCAAAAAGUUGACAUAUUUGCUUCUGAACUUUUGAGCUUUGAAGAAACACUUCAAGAGAGCGAAGUUGAGAUCUCCAUUAAACAACCCCUUUUCUUGGUUGAUGAGGCUACUUUCCCCAACUUGGAGUCUUUGACAUUGGCGCAUUAUCACACCAUAUGGAGCGGCCAGUUUUUGGAGGAGUUGUUUUGCAAACUAAAAGUUCUUCAGCUGACGAGCAAUCAUAAUGAAUCAGAUGUUUGUCCACCUAAUUUUGUUCAAAGAUUAAACAAUCUGGAGAAACUUGUUUUGCAUCGUAGUUUUUGGGAAGAAAUAUUCCCAUAUGAAGAACUUCAUGGUCAAGAACAACAUGCUGGGAAAGAAGACGCCCAACCUAGCCCAAUUGUUCAAAAUCUGGAAAUUCUAGAAGUGUCUGAAUGUGGAAAAUUGAAAAUUUUGGCACCAUCCUCAGUAUCUUUCCAAAAUUUGUCAGAGCUUGAAAUAUUGAAGUGUCAUGGGUUGAUUAAUUUGGUUAAAUCCUCAACAGCCAAAAGUCUUGUGCAACUCAAAAAACUGAGUGUAUGUGAAUGUGAGAUGAUAACUGAAAUUGUAAGAGGGGAUGGAGGUGAAGGGAAUGAUCAGGUGAUUACUUUCAGCAAAUUGACAAGCUUAAAACUUGAUUGCUUGCCACAACUUUCAAACUUUUGCUCAGGAGGUUAUUCAUUCGAGUUCCCAUCUUUGGAAGAUGUGAUUGUGAGUCAAUGUCAAGAGAUGAAGAUUUUCACUGAUGGAGUCUUGAGCACACCAAAGCUAAAAAGAGUACAAGGAACAAAAGAAGAUGAAUGGCAUUGGAAGGAUGACCUGAAUACCACCAUACAUUGGCUUUGGGAGAGCCAACUAUGCAUUCCACCGUCAAAUGGUUGUUCAGAUAAAGGGGUUAAGAAUUCAGAAGAAGACAAAGAUCAUCCUUAAUAUGCAGUAGUUGGAGUGUGGUUCUUCUAUAUUUAAAAA